AUGUCUACCGUCCCUCAGGGUCCUAUCGAGGCACGCUCAUUAUCCUCAGUCACCGCCAUCGCAUCAAAUCCCCCCGCCUACCCACGCAAUCCCACCCACGAGAAGCACGAACCGCUAUCUUUGUACAUUGUGCGCGUACCCGGAAGCAAAGACAUUUUCCUCUCUCCUCUGAAACCGCCGACAAAAUCCAGUGUCUCUGCCGAAGCUAUAAACGCCUCUCUAUACUACCUCCAUGUCGCAACUCCCGAAGACGAUACCCUGCUACAGCAAGUGGAGGAAGAGCGCGAGGAGGAGGCCCGUCUGCGCAAGGAGCGCCUCGAACAAGCGGGUGUCGACGACCCGACGCAGCGCGAAUUCAUCCGGUUGAAUAAUGUGCGCCGUAAGCCUGUUGGUGGAGGAGGGGAUGAAAAUGCCGAGCCUGUGCCGGCUGUCCCUCAAGAGGAGGAUGCUGCUGCCCCUCCAGCCUUGCCUCCACGUCCAGUGCCUAUGCCGCAAGUCACGGCGGAGAACGUGUCCUUCUCCGGGACUCCGGUUGCCAAUGCGCAGCAUCCUCCGGACAGCAAUGUGUCUGGAGGAGUAUCGGUUACUCCAGGCGUCAAGGGCGCUAUCCCGCGACGACCUUUACCUCCCCUGCCUCCUGGCGAAGAGACAUGGGCCAACUCUGCAGCCACGGAGGAUCCGUCUAAGCGGACAUCCCGAUGGAGUGCGCUUGCUGGACAUCUGCAGAACAGGGGAGAGAACUGGAAGGAGAAGUACGAGGCGCUGUCGGCUGGCCGCCAUAGUCUUGAUUCUCCCAGGCCGCGGCCUCGUUCCUCACACAACCGUCCUGCAUCACCGGUAGGUAGCCCUGGACAAUCUCCCAACCGGAAUAGAAAUGCACACAGCAACACCCCUAGCAACGCUGGCUUCCAUCUGACACUUAUCCGACGUGAUCCCACAUCCGGUACGCAAUGGAACGUGGCGACUAUCUCGACACCACGUAUGGACUGCAACACCGUGGAUAUCGAAAUCUCCACGCCGGGGUACGGCAGAUUCGCGGGUUCCAACGAGAUGCCUUCACUAUCCAGCCUGGCAGCCAGUCUACCACUAGGCAUAGGCCGCAUACCCAGCUCAGCCCUGCCCCAAUCACUACUGUCCCACGACCAACCAAAAGAGCAACCAACCAACCCACGCAAAUUCCACCGCCAACUCUGUGUAUCAAAACCCUUCGACGACCCCCUCACCGAACACAGCAACAGCCAUAUCCCAGACAGCCAAUCCAAGCUAAAAAGUGGCUACUACGUCUUCACCUCCCCCUGGAACGGCACCUGCACCUUCUCCAGCAGCGUCAACGGCCGAAGUCUCAAAUGCAAACACCUAAUCCCAAACCCGGGCUUCGAUCCAUCCAGCGGAACAGAAGCGUCCCCCGCCGUAACAGUCGCCGAACUCCGCUUCAACACCCCCUUCCAAGCCGCAAACCUGCACUCCCACGUCCACCACGCCUCCCACAAACCACACCCAUCCCACCUCUCCCCCUUCACCCAAAGCCAACUCCAAUCUCUCCGCAACAACGACGUCCCAGAAACCAUAACCCCAAACCCCCUCCACCAAUCCCCUAACAACGCCCACACAAAACGCAACUCCUUCUCCCAACUCCUAAACCCAAAUACCUAUACCCGUCCCCGCGCACACUCGGGUCCGGGUCUCACCCAGCCAUCCCCUGCAACCCCAUCUUCAUCCCCAUCCACAGACCCGCGCUUGAAUAUAAACUUCAACCCCUCAGACCUCCUCCGCCGAACAUCCCAGCGCGCCCACCGCUUCGCGCGCCAGAGCCAGUUCUACCGCGAUAGAAGUAAUAGUUCUGGAGCUGAUCUGGAGGAGUUUGAGUCUGAUGAGGAGAGGUUGGAUCUCUCGCUGGCGAGGGAGCCGGCUGGGGGUGGGUUGAGGGGGAAGAGUGCUAAGUUGGGGAAAUUGGUCAUUGAGGAUGAGGGGAUUAAGAUGUUGGAUUUGGUGGUCUCGGCUUGUAUGGCUGUUUGGUGGAGGGGGUAUUAUUAUUAG